AUGUCCGUCGAAGUAUCCCACGGCCGGGGCGGAGCCGGCAACAUCAACCCCGACGACACGCAGUACGUCGACGGCGAGGUCGUGCGCUCGGGUAUCGAGGGCAGCCACGGGGACGGCGCGUACAGCUCCGGCAGAGGAGGCGCCGGCAACAUCGCCGACGUGGGCACCGCCUCGUCGCAGCGCAAGGACCAGGACAUCGUCCCUGACGUGGCCGUGAGGGCGAGCCACGACACGCAGGACUACCACACCGGUCGCGGCGGCGCCGGCAACGAGCACACGUUGUCGGCCGAGCGCAAGUCGUCGCCGCUGCCGUCGCACCACCACGCAGACGCGAAGACGGGAGGCGGCGGCGGUGAGGCGCCCGUCAGCCUCGCCGAUAAGCUCAAGGAGAAGCUGUUUGGCGCCUUUAAGAAAUGA